AUGAUGGCAGGACCUAGUAAUGACAAAUGCAUCAGCUCAGUAGAUUGCGGUAAUGACCCUCCACCUCUGAAUAUUACACUGAAGAAGACAAGAGAUCUGCCAAAGAAGGUGAAACAUUGGAGCAUAGACCAUCUUCCAGUUGAUAUUCUACUUUUGACUGUGGAGAAUUGUGAAUUCUUGGCUUGUUAUCAUUACCUGAGAGAUCCCUUUAGAAGCUAUGAGCAAUCCAUUGGAAAUGUGUACUUUGGAAAGAUGGGUGAAGAUGAAGGGUCAGUGAAAGUUGCCAUAGUGAGGUGUUCUAAAGAAUCUUCUGAUCCUGGGGGUUCUCAAACUGCCACUAAAAAUGCUGUCACACUCCUGAAACCCAAGGCUACCUUUUUGGUUGGUUUCUGCUACAGUUUGAAUCCUAAUAAAGCCCAGCUAGGAGAUGUGGUGAUUUCUUCAAAGCUUACAACAGAUUUUAACAAAACCCCAGUGAGUAGAAAUGUUGGCAAACUUAUCAAAAGUGCAGCUGAUGGAUGGGAGGCACCAUUAGAAAACCUAGAAACACGAGAAGUCAAUGUAUGUGAUGGAGAGAUUUUGAGUUGCUCUGAUCUGAUAAAUGCUGAAAAGCCGUGUCAAUCACACCCUGGGGCAAUUGCAGUUGAAAUGGGAGGAAAAGGUGAGAAUUACUCUCAUGGUUACUCUUGCUUCACAUUUGUGAUCAUUGUGAAGAAAAUUGUUUUGCCAUAACAAAGAUUACAUGUAUUUCUCAUGUUCAGUGUGACUUCAUGUUACCAGGAUCACUCACUCAAAGCUGACCAAACCCAAUUCUACAAAAAGGUCAAUUAAACCUUUGUAAACUCUUGUUCAUAUGUGUGCUUCGGGUUUAAAAACUUAUCGGCACAAGUGAAAUUAGUUGGAAUGAUCAUGUUAAACUGCACCCCCAAAUUGAUGAACUUUACUUCUGAGCUACAAGGUCAGAGGAGAACUUCUGGUCACUAGGCUGUAAGGCCAGGUUUCUGAAGGAGGAGAGAAAGUAAGGUUUUUUUUUGUAUGGGGAGUGGUCACCUCAAGUGUACAAUAGUAAUGAGUAUUACAGCAUACCUUCCUCUUUGAUGUUCUUAAGCUAUACUUCUGAACUACAGGAGGCCUCUGGUCGCCAAAAUAUUAAGCCAGGAGGAGGGGGGUACUUAACAAUGUUUUUGUAGGGGGAGUGGUCACCUCAAGUUAAACACAUCUGUUGAAGACUUCCAUUAGCAAAGAACAAACAAAAAGAGUGAUCUGUAGGAAAUGAAGCCUCCUUUGCUCAAAUUAAUCGUUAUCAUCUCCAAAUAAUAUUAUUGUUUAAAUCCAAUCCAAUUGUUAUUGCUUUUUAUUUUUUUUCCAUUUUUCUACCUCAGGCCUGUUUGCAGCAGCUUACGACAUGAAGAUAGAGUGGCUUGUUGUUAAAGGUGUUUGUGGUUUUGUACAAGGCGCUGCAUCUACAAACGAUUCAUGGAAGACUUUUGCUUGUGUUAUGGCAGCUUCUGUUGUAUCCAACAUAUUGAGUAACUCUUUUGUGUUUGGAGACUGGCCUCAUUACGGAGGUACGUGUACAUUUUUGUAACGGGUUUGGUUGUGUCUUCCAAGAGAUCUUGUAACUUACUUGUUUUCCUCAGUAUAGACUAUCGUUAUCUGCUGAUGAAAGCAUGGAGACCAAUAGUGGAAUUAAAUAUAUAUCAGAAAACUGAUAAACAUACGCAUUCUUUGUUUUUCACUCGCAUUGUUGUGAAAAAAACUGAGAUUUGCACAGACUCACUUUAAUAGUUCUAAUACCAAUUUUGAAGUCAUGGAUAACGUUCUAAAAUUCCAGAUUAGAGAAGGUUAAUAAGAAAAUACUCACUUUCUGUGUCUUCAAUGUAAUUCAUUAAAGAGUCACGUUGUGGGAAUAAAGCCAUUGUUAUUAUUAUUAUUGUUAUUAUUAUUAUUAUUAUUAUUAUUAUCAUUAAUAUUAUUAUUAUCAUGAUCAUUAUCAUUAGUCCUAAAUUAAAUCUUUUAUCUUUGGUCUUAGGUUGUAGGUAUUACAAAUCGUUGAUUAAACACGUUUAUCAACUACCCACCUACCCCUGCCCUCCUAAUUAUUGUUUCCGUGUACAGACUCUUGUGUACAGUAAAAUGAACCCAAUUUUCUUUGUUAUCCUUUCUACGAAAUACUUCACUGUUACUGACCGGUUUAAAACUUUGUUGAGUUCUCUUCUCAGAAAAGAAAAGACUCUUCUCUCUUUUAUUCCAUUAGCGGGCUCACACGAGAUUUUCAUCUUCCAUCAGCACUUAUUUCGACUCCUGUUUGUUACCCAUUUCACAAGUUUAGUAAAGUGUGUUUUAAUUCUCAUUUAAGUUUGACUUUCCUUUCCCUUUUGCAGACAUUUCAACAGAAGAGAGUUGUAAAAGUGAUGAUCCUUCGGAAAAUAAACGUAGAGGGCUAGCAGGUAUUAUAAUUAUCAAGUGAAGAAAUUUCAUAUUAUGCUUUCAUAUUAUACUUAUAGUGGUAGAGUGUCCGAGCGAGGAAUCUGAAGGUGUUGAGUUCUAUUCCUGGCGAGGACUCAAAAUUGGUGCUUUGUCCCACGCUCGUGACAAGAUAGUUAAACUUCUUUCCUUUCCCUUUUCUUAUACCAAUUUGUCAUUCUUGUUCAAGAAACAGUACUACGCAAAAAUUUUAAGAAAUAAAAAUUCAUGAAGUUUUUUGUUUUUACUUUUGCCGCUUCCUUUCCCAACGUUAUUGAUCCAUGAUAAAAUAAAUGCUGGAAAUUUAAUCUUCCUUCCAAUUUCAAAAGAGCUACCGACAAAGGGAAAAAUAAAGGAACAGAGUGUGGGUGGGUUUUUUUGCCGGGAUUGGGGGGGGGGAAAGGGGGCGGUGGCAGGGGUUAAUUAUCUUAAUCCUUUCAUGCCGAGAAAGCUGUACUUGAGUUCGUGUGAUGUUAGAAACUUGGCAUCGUGUGCAUAGUUAUUCCUUCAAUAAAAGUUAAAUUCCUUUUUUUAAUUUUUCUUAGAACCGUUGAAUGUUGAGAAGUGUCAAGAGCAGCUUAAGUCUUAUUACAACACCUUUAGCAAGGUGAAAAUCAUUCCAUGGGACGACAGCUCUUCCAUUCAGAUUGAUGAGAUCUACACACCUUUGUCUUGGGUCAGAGAUCACAGGAAGCCCAGCGGAGUGACACAAGAGGAACUUGAAGACUACACCGACAUGUUCAAGGAAAAACCAACACGAAUGCUUGUUUAUGGUCGGCCAGGAAUUGGCAAGAGUACGUUUUGUAAGAAGGCUGCAUAUGAUUGGUCGAAAGCCUUAAAAGAAAUCCUAAUGAACUUUUGCAUUUUGCUUCUGAUUAAGUUGAGAGAUGUGUGUGACGUGGGAAACAUCCGCGACGUUUUACGUGCGUCUAAAUUGCUGGCCAGUGAUGGUCCGUUCUCAGUUGAUAGUCUCUAUGAUUACAUAACUAACAAUCAAGAUAAAGUGCUUCUUAUUUUGGAUGGCUACGAUGAGUACAGCUUUGCAGAAGAACACUCACCCAUCCUUGAAAUUUGGAAGGGUGAGCAACUAAGAGAUUGUCACGUUAUUGUCACCACGCGUCAAUUUAAAUGUGACGAGUUAAGAGGCCCCAGCCACGUUCAGUUAGAAAUUCAAGGUUUCAAAAGCUGGGAACGAAAAGAAACCUUUGCGAGAAAAUUUAUGGCAGGUGAAGAAGAUCUUGACGAGUUCAUUGGGUACCUGAGAGAAAAAGAUCUCGGUGACAUGGCAGAAAUACCUCUCCUCUUACUGAUGCUGUGUACUUUGUGGAAAGAGAAACAUCACGUAGGACUGCCAAAAUCACGGGCCGACAUAUUCACACAAUUCAUUCAAACCAUGCUGGAUCACAAAGGUGGAAGUCACCAGUCUAUGCCAUUUCAAAAAGUGACCUCAACAGAAGCUAAAGAAGACCUUAGUAAUCUUGGAAAGGCUGCCUUUGAAGCACUUCUGCAAGACCGUCUUUACGUACGCUACAGCGAACUCCCCGGCAAUAUUUCAAGAAGUUUUGAAAAAUUAAGUGAAGUUGGGCUUUUCCAGAUUGUCAAUCUUGCAAGUCUCAAUCCUGAGAAAGGGGCCUAUUUCAUUCAUAAAUCCGUACAGGAGUUCCUUGUCGCCUGGCACAUUAAGGAGAAAGUGUUGUCGAUUAAAGGAGAAAGUACGCCUAGCCUUUCCAGAGUUGAAUCAUUUGAAAAGAUCGAUAAGAUGGAUGAAGUUCUGAAAUUUGCCUGUGAGCUGUCAACAGAAGCCGCAUGCGCAGUUUUCCAUCAUGUGGGGUCUGUUGGAAGAAAGGAAUCUGUGUCGGAAUGUGAUCUCAUUGAGCUGCCUCUGGAUAAUGAAAAACUGCCUCUAAAAGAAGGACUGUCUCUAAAUGAAGGACACUAUCUUGAGCUUAUCUCGCAUAGCUACUUUUGUUGUUCGGCCAAGAAGAGGCGAGAUCUCUGCUCAGUGUUUUCCUCUUACACUGGAGGUGUUUUGUCUCUUGAUUCUAACAAGCUGAACAUUACUGCAAAUGAACAUUUGCUGAAAUCUGGCAUGAUACCCAACAUUAUGUUUUUUUGUGUCUCCAAAUAUUCUUCAGAGAAAAGCUAUCGAGACCUGAUCACUGUAGCGGAGGACACAAAUGCAGUAUUUUUGAGCUGUUCGGGUGAAAAGAAAGCCACAGAUUUACUGAAGAAGUUCCCGCGUCGUUCUGUGGGCGAGUUCUUUUUGAAGAGAGAGAGAAAAAUCGUCGUUUAUGUUUAUCAAAUACGCAAAGAAAAAGAUGGUAGCACUUUUCCGACCGAAAUGCUGCGAGAGCUCAUUUCGCUAACAGCAGAGUCUACUCAGGUGACGCGUCUUGUUGAUCCGUUGAAUGAACACGAUAGCGAAACAGCUUCGAGUUUGACUCAGAACACCGAUAGCAUCACUGGUCCUACUCCUCAGAGCCUUUCCUGUGUGAUGGAGAUUGAUAUUGAAGACAUAGAAAGGCAAGAGAUAAAGAUGCUGGCUGAUUUCUUACCACUUUUCACUGUUCUGCGUCGUAUAUAUAUUUCUGGGAAAUCCUUUGAAGUCAUUGAUGCUCAGUUGACAGAGACCCUGGUGUCUCGUAUCAUCUUCACUGACGUACUUGAAACAUUAGAACUUUUUAAUAUCAAUUUAACAGCCAAACCUGCCGCAGUCAUCGCCAGAUCUCUGCACCAGGCUCCUAGACUGCACACUCUCAGCUUGUCAGAGAACCCUCUUGGUGAGGGAGUAAGUGUUCUCACUCAACUUCUCAGCCGUGUUCCUCACCUGAAGUGGCUGACGCUUCGUAAUGUUAAAAUGACAAAGCAACAAGUGAAUGAAUUGAGUGCAGCUGUACGUCAGAGUAACAUGCACUGGUUGGGCACAGAAUACCACGUAAGU